AUCUCUUUUUUCUGUCCACUUUGUUGAUUAGUGAAUCGGUGAGAAAGCAGGAAAAAAGGGGAGAAAGAGUGCUCGCUUUCGGGUAUUGGAGGUGUUGAAACUGGUUAUGAUGCAGCUGAGUUCAUUCUCCUCGGAUCAAAUACUGUCCUCACUUUUAUUUUUUGAACUCUUACUACCUGAGAAACUCAGUUAUUGCUUUUGGUUGGAAGGUGUGCACCGGUGUGAUGGUACAUGGCUAUGGUCAUGUGAAAAUCCUCUGCGCCGAGCUUCAAGAUUUUAUGAAACAGCACAACUUCUCUACUAUAGAAGACUUCAGAGGGCAUUCGCUUCAGUACUUUACAACACAUACAGAUUUAGUCAAGAGACAGAAAGAAGCUAUUGAGCAGAGAAAAGCCGAGAGGAGAGGCUUGAAAUCUGAUAAAGAUUGGACCAGAGAUGGGUUCGUGAAGGAGACUGAGAGUAUGGUUUCUAACUAAGUGAUGGACCCAAAAUACUUGAAUAAAGUUAGGAACUUCCUUCACAGCCAAAUGGCAAAGGCUCUUCCUUUCUAUCGUUUCACAUCAACUUCUCACUUGAAAAUAAAAGAAAACUAAAGUUGAUUUUAUCUUAUGUUCUUCUAGUUGUAUAUCGUUUGUAUAAUGUAUCCGUUGUCACCAUUUAUUCAAAGACCUUUUACUGUUGUGACA